AUGCCUAUAUUUUGUAUGAUACCAAAUGUAAUACGUUUGAAAACACCUGGCCUUGUUGUAUUACCGUUCAUUAUAAUAUCAUUAUUUUCAUCAACAGCAAUUUACAUCAUUUUACUUGCAUGCACUACAACUGCAGCAUCAUCUGCAGCAACAGUUACCUUGCUGCAAUCAUCAACCAUUCUUUUCCCAUUAUCUAUCACUUUGAUAUUUUUGAUCAUUUUAUUUACAGUGAAACGAAAUCAUGACGAUGAAUUGAAUUGUGUGAAAAAACGAUAUGAAAAGCAGUUAUCGGAAUGUAAUGAUGAAUUAAUCCGGACGUUGGAUGAACAACGUUGCAUUCAUGAAGCAGAAAUUGAACGUCUCAGUCGUUCCAAUCAACUACAAUGCUCAAAUUUAGAUAAUAAAUUAGCGGAAGCGGAAAAGAAUGUGGAAGAACUAAUCCGUGAUAAGAAAAAUCUUGAAGCAACAUUAAGUAAAGAUACAAAUGAAAAAGUUGCGGAGCUAUCAAAAGAAAUUAGUAGUUUGAAUACAGCAUUGGAAAUUAAAUCAACUGAAAUCAAAACAUUACGACAUUCAAAUGCAAAAUUGCAAUUGAAAGUGGAAGAGAUUCCACUGAAAGAUAUUGAAAUAAGCAAAUUAAAACAUCGUGUUCGUGAAUUAAAAAUAUUGGUGGAUCAAAAAACUAAUACAGAGAAAGUUUUGACAUCGAAAUUUGAAGAAUUACAACGUUCGGCACGUAAUCAAGCAGUAAUGUCUGAAUCGAUGCUAAAAGAGAAUGAUUUAUUGCGAUAUAAAAUUGAGGAAAUGGAAUCGUCAACAUCGGAGGGAGAACCAAAUUUUGUGAAAACUGAUUGUGCAAUGAAAUAUCGUACACCACCGCAACCAUUGAAUGUUUGUUCGACACAUUUAUGUCAAAGUGAACGACGUCCGCCAUCUUCAACUAUUCCGCGUCGAUCUUCACAAUCACGUGAUGAUGUGAUGACUCGUUCGGUUAUUUCGUUAUAUCUCGAGCAAGGACGAAAUCGGUUUACCAAAGAAAAUAUUGAUACCAUUUAUACACCGGAAGGAACAUUCAUCGCAAAAGGUCGCGGUUGCUCACAAAGGUUAUCUUUUGAUGAUGCACAUGAUGCAGAUGAUGAAGGGACUCCUCGUCUUGCCCGGACAAACGAACAGUCAUCAGUUUCUGGAAGCAAUAAUUACCAUGAAGCAUCACGAACAGCGAGCACUGUACUAGACAGCGGUAUAUCAGUUUGA